AAUCAACAGCAAUCACCCACCCAUCUUUGAUCUUUCGACUCCCGCUGCAACGGCGUAUCUCCGGUGAUUCUUAUCAUUAUCUAGUAUUCUGCACCUGUUUUAGUUGGUUUUAUACCGAGGACUAGUUUUCUGUUUCGGCUUGAGUUAUACCAUGUGGAAUGGAGCUCAGCACAUGGGUGAAAGUUCUACCUCAUCCUCUUGGAGCAGUCAUCCGGAUACUGAGGAUGACCGGAUGAUUGCUGUUAUGUUAUCAGAAGAAUAUUCCAAGUUAGAUGGUGCUGUUGCUAGGCGCCUUUCUGGUCUUGCACCUGUUCCUCACAUCCCACAAAUAAACUCAUAUAUUCCCAGCAUAAAUGCUGCAAGUUUGGAUCACCAACGUCUUCUGGAGAGGCUCCAAGUUUAUGGUCUAUGUGAAGUGAAGGUCACUGGUGAUGGGAACUGUCAGUUUCGUGCACUCUCAGAUCAGAUGUACAGGUCCUCUAAGUAUCACAAGCAUAUAAGGAAAGAUAUUGUUAAACAGCUUAAAGACAACCGUAACUUGUAUGAAGGAUAUGUUCCAAUGAAGUACAAGAAAUAUUGCAAGAAAAUGGCGAAAUCUGGAGAAUGGGGUGACCAUGUUACCUUACAAGCAGCUUCUGAUAAGUUUGGAGUAAAAAUAUGCCUUUUGACAUCAUUCAGAGAUACUUGCUUUAUUGAAAUAAUGCCACAAGGCCAGGCUCCUAAAUAUGAAUUGUGGUUGAGUUUCUGGUCUGAGGUGCACUACAACUCACUAUAUGCGAUUCAAGGUGCCCCGGUUCAGAAGCCAAAGAAGAAACAUUGGUUGUUUUAACGAGCAGAAUGGUGGGGAGGUUAUUGCAGUCUUUGCAGCUGAAAAAAAUAGUACAACUUACACUAUGCUAAUUGUUGUAACAGGUGAUAGUUCUUUUUGGUCUUUA